UUGUUCCUAAUGAAAGCUUGCCGGCUUGAGCCGAUAAGAUCUGCUGUCGGAGGGGAGAGAGAUCGAUUCCCGCCGCAGUUCCAGCCUUCAGUCUGCGGGGAAGGGGAUUCCGUCUGAGCGGGAGCAGCAGCGCCGUGAGCGGCGUGUGGAGAAAUGCGCCGCAGAGAUUUUGCGGAUGCGCAGUGAAAGUUGGAGCGUGGCAACUUUUAUUCGCACUUCGUGAUUUAAAGCCUUUGACUUUGGAGCGGGAGGCGGUAAAGCAAAGGCCAGCGUUUCACGUGACGCACCGCGCGGCUCGAUGCGCCCAUGUGCUGUUGAGCGCGAGCUUUCUCUGUCUCUCCGCUCGUCCAUCCCCGCUCUCCACAGCUCGGGUAUCACUUACCAAGUCCGGACCAAUCCCCGCGCGCUGUCAAAGCUCGAGACCCGGCGGAGGCAGGGCGGACCGGGGAGGAAGCGCAAGAAGCAAGCACACACCCAGAAAUCUACUCAUCCAUCGCCUGUCGUCUGUCCCCCCCUCCCGCUCUGACAGACGGAAACAGAGGCAGCGCUCCCCCACCUCCUCCUCUCCUCCUCCUCCUCUCUCCUCGGUUCGCCUCUGACUGCAGCUGUUUGGAUUCAAGAGGAGGCGCGAGGCAGGAUGCGCGAUGGGACAAGCGUGCGGACACGCACUCCUCUGUCGUAGCCAGCCGCCGUCCUCUGAGAUACGCGGUCAGCAAGUACUUCUGCGCCCCGAGGAGAGUUUGGCUCCAUCCCCGAGCACCAGGCAACCCGCCACCUUGUCCGAACAUCUCCAGGAUGCCUUGCUGCGACUGGCAGCAGUGGUGGAUGCCCGCUCUCUGCGAGCGGCCCUGCGAGACAGCAUCCAGGAGCUGCUUCCCAGCACGGAGUGCGUGUGCGUCUACCUGCUGGAGGGAGACUUCAGGCUUUUGUCUGAAGAGCCACCGCAUGAGCUGCCGGAGGAGGGGAAGAUCAGGAAUAUGGUGGACCAGCUGAGGCGAUGUCAGUGCGCUGGUUUCCCUCCAUCCGAGUUGCCAGAAAAAUACAGGAUCUGCCUCGCAGCACCGUUACCGGGGCAGAAAAAAGCGGUUGUAAUUCCCAUCUCAGAUCAGGACAAAGUCCUUGCUGUCUUACUGGUGGGCUGCAAGCCUCUGUCUGAACAGGAUGAACUGCAUCUGAAUGUGCUGGAGAAACAUGCCUCAGUCGCAUGUGUGCGCCUCCAGUCCAUCCAGGGGUACCAUCAGAGGCCUCCUCUCAGCCCCUCCCUCCUGCAGUCCCACAAUGCUCUGCUGCAGCUCAAUGUUUCUGAACAGGACUACUGUGAGCUGGACCACAACAUUCUGCAGCUUUGUGGUGAGCUCUAUGACCUUGAUGCAGCUUCUCUUCAACUCAAAGUCAUCAAUUAUCUGCAGCAGCAGACGCGGUCACAGUGUUGUUGUUUGCUGCUGGUAUCUGAGGAUAACCACCAGUUAUUUUGCCAGGUUGUUGGAGACAAAGUCCUGGAGGAGGAGAUCAGCUUCCCGCUCAUGUUUGGACGGUUUGGUCAAGUUGUUGAAAAGAAGAAGUCCAUUUCUCUUCAGGACAUUAGUGCUGAAGAGCGAAGGCAGCUGUCCAGCCUGCUGGGCUGUGAGAUCUCAUCAAUGCUUUGUGUCCCUGUGGUCAGCAGAGCCACUGGCCAUGUGGUGGCGCUAGCAUGUGCCUUUAACAAGCAGGGUGGGCACAGACACACUGAGGCAGAUGAGCACGCCAUCCAGCACUGUUUCUGCUACACCUCAACAGUCCUCACUUCAACUCUGGCCUUUCAGAAAGAACAGAAGCUCAAAGUGGAGUGCCAGGCUCUCCUACAAGUUGCCAAGAAUCUCUUUACACACUUGGAUGAUGUCUCAGUGCUCUUACAGGAAAUUAUAGUGGAAGCCAGGAACCUCAGCGGUGCAGAGAUUUGUUCGGUGUUUCUGCUGGAUCGACUUAGCCAUGAGUUGGUGGCCAAGGUGUUUGAUGGUGGUGUGGUCAGUGAUGAAGAGAAGGAGUUUCGCAUCCCGGCCGAUCAAGGCAUUGCAGGCCACGUUGCAACCACCGGUCAGAUCCUAAACAUAAAGGACGCCUACUCCCAUCCGCUCUUCUACAGGGGUGUGGAUGACAGCACCGGCUUCAGGACCCGCAACAUCCUCUGUUUCCCCAUCAAGGAUGAAAACGAUGAGGUGAUUGGCGUAGCUGAGCUGGUGAAUAAAAUGAAUGGGCCUUGGUUCAACCGCUUUGAUGAGGAUCUGGCAACAGCAUUCUCCAUCUACUGUGGCAUCAGCAUUGCACAUUCUCUGCUUUACAAGAGAGUCCAUGAAGCUCAGUUCAGGUCCCACCUGGCCAAUGAAAUGAUGAUGUACCACAUGAAGGUUUCAGAGGAAGAGGUGUCCAAGCUGCUGGUGACUGGAAUCGACCCUGUGAAGGAGAUCCACCCGUGCUUCGCCGAGUUCACGUACACCCCACGGUCCCUGCCCGACGACACCACGCCCAUGUGCAUCCUCAGCAUGUUUGAAGACAUGGGUUUCAUCAACACUUACAAGAUUGACCUGCAGACUCUUGCCAGGUUCUGUCUGAUGGUGAAGAAAGGCUACAGGGACCCUCCCUACCACAACUGGAUGCAUGCCUUCUCUGUCUCACACUUCUGUUACCUGCUCUACAAAAACCUAGGGCUGUCCAACUACCUCCAGGAUAUAGAGAUCUUAGCUCUCUUUGUGUCCUGUAUGUGUCACGAUUUGGAUCAUCGUGGCACAAACAAUUCUUUCCAAGUGGCCUCGCAAUCAGUGCUGGCUGCUCUCUACAGCUCAGAGGGAUCAGUGAUGGAGAGACAUCACUUUGCCCAGGCUAUUGCAAUUCUCAACACCCACGGCUGCAACAUCUUUGAGAAGUUCUCCAGAAAGGACUACCAGCGCAUGCUGGAUUUGAUGAGGGACAUCAUUCUGGCCACAGACCUUGCUCACCACCUUCGGAUUUUCAAGGACCUGCAGAAGAUGGCUGAUGAUGGAUACAAUCCAAAAAGUCGUACCCAUCACUCCUUGCUGCUGUGCCUGCUGAUGACUUCCUGUGACCUGUCAGACCAAACGAAGGGCUGGAAAACCACACGCAAGAUUGCUGAGCUGAUUUACAAAGAGUUCUUCUCUCAAGGAGACCUGGAAAAAGCCAUGGGAAACAGGCCCAGUGAGAUGAUGGACAGAGAGAAAGCGUACAUCCCGGAACUGCAGAUCAGCUUCAUGGAACACAUUGCCAUGCCCAUUUACAAGCUGCUGUCUGAACUGUUUCCCGGGGCUACUGAACUGUACGAGCGAGUGGCGGCAAAUCGUGAGCAGUGGACCAAAGUGUCCCACAAGUUCACCAUCCGUGGGUUGCCAAGCAACAACAGCCUCGACUUCCUGGACCAGGAGUACGAGCUGCUGCAGUCCCAAGGUGCUUUUGGGAGCGACGAUCACUGCCUCAACGGUUGCCUUGACGAGAUAGAAGAAGGGAGGGGCCAGUGAUGCGCCUGACCAUUUUCCUGGCUGUUUUCUGUGGUCCAAUAAAGAGGCAAACGACACCUUUUUAGUGGCCAAGCGGGGACACGUAUCUCUGCUGCUAGCCGGUUUGAUGCUCAGUCGGUGUUUCAAACUAACUGCAUCAGACGAGGAGAUCUGAAGCUGAGUAGAUUCAUCUGAGUGGGUUCUCUGAUUAGAUGUUACAUCUCGCUUGUCAUCCAGCUGACGGGAGUAGAAAGGGUGACUUUUAAUCAUUUUCCACAAGGUUUUGACCACUAGUACUUUUAUUUAUUCUGUACUGAUCUUGAUUGUAAAAACACACAGAUUGACACACAUAUGCACACGCUCUUUAGACAGUGGGAGGCAAACAUUCACCUUUACUCCUUCUUCAACGUAAGAGUGAGAAACAUGUUCUGUAAAAUGUUUCGUAAAAGCUUCAAAUAAAGAAAAUGGCUCGGCUUUUUCAAAUGCAGAAGCCAUAGUUUUCACCUGAUGCAUAAGAAUA